GCGUGUGAGAAAGAGCCAGAGUUUCUGUGUGUGUGUGUGUGUGUGUGUGUGCGUCAGGAUGAGCGUUCCCAUGUUAAAGAUCGGCGCGGUGCUCAGCACCAUGGCCAUGGUAACUAACUGGAUGUCCCAGACUCUGCCAUCGCUGGUCGGACUCAACGGAACCGUCAUUUCCUCCGAGGGCACGCACGAGCGGAUCGUCAGUGGUUUGUACCCGGGCUCCGAGGAGGGCUGGCAGGUGUACAGCACGGCUUCGGAUCCCGACGGCAGGUGUGUUUGCACGGUGGUCGCCCCGGCACGAAACCUCUGCAAACGAGACCCCCGGAGUCGACAGCUACGCAUCCUGACUGAGCAGGUGCAGAAUGUGAGUCAGUCCAUGGAGGUGGUGGACCUGCGGACAUCCAGAGACCUGCAGUACGUCCGAGACUCGGAGCCCCUGCUGAGAGGAGUGGACGGACGUUUACACACUCACGUCGCCAACCCCUACAGUCUGACAACCAGGGGCCUGCAGGAGCUGAAGGGCCAGAUGUCCCAGCUGCGACCCCUCCUGUCGGUGGUGGAGCAGUACCGGCUGGAUCUGCAGACGCUGGCCGCCCUGCGACUGGAGCUCCUCAACCUGUCCGUCGUCCUGACGGCCAUUCAGGAGGAGAUCGGGGCGUACGACUACGAGGAGCUCCAGCGGAGGGUCCUGCUGCUGGAGACGAGGCUGCACGGCUGCAUGAACAAACUCGGUUGUGGUCGCCUGACCGCAGUUAGUACCCCAAUCACCGUGCGAGCCUCGGGGUCCCGCUUUGGCUCCUGGAUGACUGAUGCAAUGAUUCCCAGCUCCGACAGCCGGGUGUGGUCGAUGGACGGGUACUACAAGGGCCGGCGUGUGCUGGAGUACCGAACCAUGGGGGACUUCACCAAGGGGCAGAACUUCGUGCAGCACCAGCUGCCCCACCCCUGGGCGGGGACCGGCCACGUGGUCUACAACGGGUCGCUCUACUACAACAAGCACCAGAGCAACAUCCUGGUGCAGUACCACUUCCGCUCCCGCAGCGUGAUGCUGCAGCGCAGCCUGAGCGGAGCCGGAUACAACAACACCUUCCCCUACAGCUGGGGGGGCUCCUCCGACAUCGACCUCAUGGCCGAUGAGAUGGGACUGUGGGCCGUGUACACGUCCAUCCCCAACGCCGGGAACAUUAUGGUGAGCCGCCUGGACUCGCGCUCGCUGGAGGUGCUGCGGAGCUGGGACACGGGCUUCCCUAAGCGCAGCGCGGGGGAGGCCUUCAUGAUCUGCGGCACCCUCUACGUCACCAACUCCCACCUGGCCGGGGCCAAAGUGCACUUCGCCUACCACACCAACUCCUCCACCUACGAGUACACCGACAUCCCCUUCCACAACCAGUACUCCCACAUCAGCAUGAUGGACUACAACCCCAGGGAGAGAGCGCUGUACACCUGGAACAACGGACACCAGGUGCUCUACAACGUCACGCUGUUUCACGUCAUCAGGAGCGACGGCUAGCUCGACGCAGAGUGAAUGUAACAAGAAAAAGAAGAAGAAAAAACAGUUAUUGUACGGACGGAAUUGGUCAUUACAGGACAAUGCAACUUGCAACGCACAAAUCACUCACUCAACACACACACACACACACACACACACACACACGGUUGGCCCAUCAUGUCAACACGGAAAAGAUGACGUUCUGUGUUUGGGUGACUUGAAGCCGGCGACAGCUCGUAAGUAAGCGCACUAAAGGUCACACAGAGGUCGUGGCGGUGCAGAGGAGGAUUGACGGAAAGGAGGCAGACGGUUGGAGCUCAUCCGCGUUCUGCUGAGUUUCAUCCCACGCGUGUCUCCAGGAUGGAUUUCGGACGUCGGGGGUUGCGUCGUACCCACAAAAAUAAAAUAAAAAAAUCGGUUGCAGCUUGUGACUUGAAUUCCAACCGGCUCCAAGCGUGGAGGAGGACCUGAUGGAGAUGUUCUGGGUUCGUGAUGUGAUCGUGGACGUGUUCAGUCAGCAUGGUUGUUCCUUCAAUAAACAUUACUGUCAAACUUG